UAUUAGGACAAGGCGAGGCGGAGGAGCCCUUCGUUCCUUCCGGUUCUGCGCCCCUAUCCUUUCUCUGAGCCCCUCCUACUUGCAGCCCCUGGGGCUCGGCGGGACUAACAGCCCGGCUGAGAACUCGGCUAUCGAGCCCCGCCCCCAGCCUCAGGCUGUUCCUCAGAGUAGGCCUGAGGCAUACCCUUCCCCCCGCCCACCUGCAGCGGGUUCGCUCGCGGCCUGUAAACCCUUCCCCGCAAGCCAUAUCGGGCUCUCCCUCGCGUCUCCCACCCCCGCGUCCUCUGCAGGGGGCCCGCCCCUAGCCAGUUCCGGGGCGGUUGCUCCCACCAACCGGAACUCCCCGCCCCCUCCCGUGGCCUGGGGGCCGUAGGAGGCAGCAGGAGGCUGCAGUGAGGAGGUAGAGGGGGCGGGGGCCGCGUUAGGGGGUCCUUAGAGGACGGGGACCCUGAAGGCAAGUCACUGGGGCGACCCACGGGAGGGGCCAGCCAUUACACAGGCGCACUUCUGUGCCAGGCACUGAACUGGGCUCUUGACGAGCAUCCUCUCUUAAUCCUCAGAACAUCCCGGGGAGUUCCACAGGGUCCUGUAUCCUGGGCCAUGAGUGAACUGAAGGACUGCCCCUUGCAGUUCCAUGACUUCAAGUCUGUGGACCACCUGAAGGUUUGUCCACGCUACACAGCCGUGCUAGCCCGCUCUGAGGAUGACGGUAUCGGCAUCGAGGAGCUGGACACUCUGCAGCUGGAGCUUGAGACCCUGCUUUCCUCUGCCAGCCGGCGCCUGCGGGUUCUCGAGGCUGAAACCCAGAUCCUCACUGACUGGCAGGAUAAGAAAGGUGAUCGACGAUUCCUGAAGCUGGGUCGAGACCAUGAGCUUGGAGCUCCCCCAAAACAUGGAAAGCCGAAGAAGCAGAAACUGGAAGGGAAGGCGGGACAUGGGCCAGGCCCUGGCCCUGGCCGGCCCAAAUCCAAAAACCUUCAGCCCAAGAUCCAGGAAUAUGAAUUCACUGAUGACCCAAUUGACGUGCCACGGAUCCCCAAGAAUGAUGCCCCCAACAGGUUCUGGGCUUCCGUAGAGCCCUACUGUGCUGAUAUCACCACUGAGGAGGUACGCACACUAGAGGAACUACUGAAACCCCCAGAGGACGAGGCUGAACAUUACAAGAUCCCACCCCUGGGGAAGCACUACUCCCAACGGUGGGCGCAGGAGGACCUGCUGGAGGAACAGAAGGACGGGGCCCGAGCAGCAGCUGUGGCUGACAAGAAGAAAGGUCUCAUGGGGCCACUGACCGAACUGGACACUAAAGAUGUGGAUGCCCUGCUGAAGAAGUCUGAGGCCCAGCAUGAGCAGCCAGAAGAUGGGUGCCCCUUUGGUGCUCUGACGCAGCGCCUCCUACAGGCCCUGGUGGAGGAAAAUAUUAUUUCCCCUAUGGAGGACUCUCCUAUUCCCGACAUGUCUGGGAAAGAAUCGGGGGCCGACGGGGCAAGCACCUCUCCCCGCAAUCAGAACAAGCCCUUCAGUGUGCCACAUACCAAGUCCCUGGAGAGCCGCAUCAAGGAGGAGCUGAUUGCGCAGGGCCUGCUGGAGUCGGAGGACCGCCCCGCAGAGGACUCGGAGGAUGAGGUCCUGGCAGAGCUGCGCAAGCGGCAGGCCGAGCUGAAGGCGCUCAGUGCCCACAACCGCACCAAGAAGCACGACCUGCUGAGGCUGGCAAAGGAGGAGGUAAGCCGGCAAGAGCUGAGGCAGCGGGUCCGCAUGGCAGACAACGAGGUCAUGGAUGCCUUCCGGAAGAUCAUGGCUGCCCGGCAGAAGAAGCGGACCCCCACCAAGAAGGAGAAGGACCAGGCCUGGAAGACUCUGAAGGAGCGUGAGAGCAUCCUAAAGCUGCUGGAUGGGUAGCCCUCACCCCUGCCUCAUGCUGCCUGCCCCUGGUCUGGGGGAAGGAGGGGUGGGAAGCCCACUUCCUUCUCUGGGCUGCCCAAACCAUAGGCCUGUGGCCACCUGUUAAAUGUCAAAUCGUGGCAGUCUCUAGAGGACUGUGGCCUUUCCCUGAGGUCUUGUGACCCAGCUCUGUUCAGCCAGGACAUGGGAGGCCCUGCUGGGCUGGCCUGGGGCCCUGUCUGUGCUUCCCCCUCUUUACUAUCCCCCACUCCCACACCUCUCUCCCUCAAGGACUUCUCCCUUGUGGUUUUGUAAAGUGCAAACCUAAAAGUAAAGUGACUGCUGUGGUUUUUAAAAAAGUA